AUGCCGCCCAGCGACGAGGAUCAACUCCGCAAGUCAACGUUUGAUACUCAAGGCCAUUCUCGCCCUGAUGUCACCUCCUUCUCCACCCCAUCCCAGCCUUUUUCGCAGCCUUCGCCCAGUUCACUUCUUCUUGCGCUCGUAAAGGAUGUGGCACUUCGUCGUGGAGUUUGUUCGCCAGCGAUUCCCCCAGAAGUCGUUAUUGCAUUUGAGAACUGCGUGAGACGCGGAACUCCCAUGCUGAAAUUUGUUCUCCAUGACGCUCCGCACGAACGUUUCUUUAUGAUCAAGUUUCUUGAUCCCAAAGUGUACGGGGCGGAGGCUGGGCCGGUGUUGUGUUGGUACACGAAUGCGCGGAGUUCCACAGUGCGGCGCUAUUUGCCAUUAGCAAAUCUUAUUGCAGCGAUUGACGGCGGCGAUGGUCAUCCUGCCGUCGAGAAACGCAUGGUGAGACCCGGGGUGAUUAAAGGUGCCGCGUUUAACCUGAAGGCAAAUUAUCUGGGAGCAGAUCACAUCCUUCAGUGGCAUUUUAGCUCUCCAGCAGGAGAGGAGGAACUGCUGGCGGUCAAAUUGUUGUGCAAAAAGUCAUACGUAGCCUGGCGUAUAGUGACCGAGUUUUUCAGUAAGACUGGUUCUGUUCUGAUGCCGUCAAUGUAG